GAGUUUUGGGGCGCAAGCACUACAAAUUGUUAGGAAAUGUCUGUGAAAAGGCAUAGUUUAAAAACAAGUGGUGUGCAUGAAUCUUUUGAGGAGAGAACUGUAAUUUCUCUUCUGGUCAGCAGCUGCUUUAAUUUUUGAUCCAUGGAAAGCUUUAAAUGGUGCAACCCCCUGAGUUGUCUCUGUGAUGUGAUCCAUAGGGUUUCUCCAAAGACACUGGUAACAUUCUGCACUAAUGACAUGCUUCUUGGCACGCUGAUGGCAGGAGACAGCGCCCUCUCCACUGUGACCCAUGUUAUUGUGGAUGAAGUACAUGAGAGGGACAGGUUCAGCGACUUCUUGCUAAUAAAACUGAGAGAUGUGCUGAAAAAACAGAAUAAUUUAAAACUAAUUCUCUCUAGUGCUGCUCUAGACGCAAAUCUCUUUAUUAGGUAUUUUGGAAGCUGCCCAGUAAUACAUAUCCAAGGGAGACCUUUUCAAGUUAAAGAGAUGUUUCUGGAGGACAUUUUACGAAGCACUGGGUAUGCAAACAAAGAGAUGGUGAAGUACAAAGAAAAGAAGCAGCAAGAAGAGAAACAGAAGAACACUCUUGCUGAGUGGUGUUCAGCUCAAGAUAACACUAACAAAGGGACAUCUCGGAGACAAAAAUCAGUUCCAAGGACAAAUGAGGAGUACAAAUGGUUGGAUGAUGGUGGUGACACAGUAUUUAAUCAACUGACUGAAAAAGAUGUGAAUUGCCUUGAACCGUGGAUAGUAAAAGAAAUGGAUUCCUGUCUUUCUGACAUCUGGUUGCAUAAAGAUAUUGAUUUGUUUGCUCAGCUGUUAAAUCUUAUUUUAACUGAAAAUGUCAGUGUUCAUUAUAGGCACAGGACUGCUCUGAUGAUUUCUUCAGGGAGAGGCUUUUUGAGUCAAGUAGAACAGUUGAUCAGCAUGGGAGCAAGUAUCCACUGCAAAUCAUCUAAUGGCUGGAUGGCUGUGGACUGGGCUAGGCACUUUGGACAGACGGAGGUUGUUCAUCUGUUGGAAUCCUACAGCGCUUCAUUCGGAUUUGGAAACAUGGAUGAAAGUUCCCUGGUCCAAAAAAGUGCUAGUGACCUUAGUGCAGAGGACAGAGAGCUACUGACAGCUUAUCAUCACAGUUUUGAUGAUGAAAAAGUGGAUCUGGAUCUGAUAAUGCACUUACUUCACAGCAUCUGUCAUAGUUCAGAUGCAGGAGCAAUUUUAAUAUUUCUUCCUGGGUAUGAUGAGAUAGUGAGCCUGAGAGACCGCAUUGUUUUGGAUGAUAAGAGAUUCACUGAUAAUGCUCACAGAUACCAAGUUUUCGUGCUUCAUUCAAGUAUGCAGACUUUGUACCAGAAGAAAGUGCUUGAAAGUCCACCUUUUGGCAUUCGCAAAAUUAUUCUUUCUACUAAUAUUGCAGAAACCAGCAUAACAGUCAGUGAUGUGGUGUUUGUCAUUGACUCAGGCAAGGUGAAAGAGAAGUCUUUUGAUGCACUGAGUCGUGUUACAAUGGUAAAAAUGGGGUGGAUUUCAAAAGCCAGUGCUAUCCAGAGAAAAGGCAGGUCUGGGCGCUGUCAGCCUGGAGUCUGCUUUCGUCUCUUCAGCAGGCUCCGAUUUCAGAAUAUGUUGGAAUUUCAAUCUCCAGAACUUCUAAGGAUGCCGCUUCAGGAGAUCUGUUUGUACACAAAACUUCUGGCUCCAGUUAAUUGUCCAAUUGUAGACUUUCUUAUGAAAGCUCCUGAUCCUCCGCCUGCUGUAACUGUGAGAAAUGCUGUGCAUAUGCUUAAGACCAUAGAUGCCAUGGACCCUUGGGAAGAUCUCACUGAGCUUGGUUAUCACCUCACUGAAUUACCUGUAGAGCCACACCUCGGUAAAAUGGUGUUGUAUGCUGUAGUUCUGAAGUGCCUGGAUCCUGUUCUGACCAUUGCCUGUGCUCUUGCCUGCCAAGACCCUUUUGUGCUGCCCACGCUGGCCUCCCAAAAGCGUGCAGCCGUGCUGUGCAGGAAGCGUUUUGCUGCCGGAACGUUCAGUGACCACAUGGCCCUGCUCAGGGCUUUCCAGGCAUGGCAGAAGGCUCGCAGUGACGGCUGGGAGAGAGCCUUCUGUGAAAAGAACUUCCUAUCCCAAGCCACAAUGGAAACCAUUGCAGGAAUGAGAACACAGGUGCUUGGCCAGCUUAGAGCCUCAGGUUUUGUGAGAGCCAGAGGAGGAGCUGAUAUUAGAGAUGUCAAUACUAACUCUGAGAACUGGGCUGUAAUUAAAGGUGCCUUAGUGGCCGGGAUGUAUCCCAAUCUUGUGCAUGUAGACAGAGACAGCCUGGUGUUGAUGGAAUCAAAGGAGAAGAAAGUGCAAUUUCAUCCUACCUCUGUUCUUGGUCAGUCUCAGUAUAAAAAGAUUGCCCCAGCAAAUGGACAAGCUGCAGCCAUCCAGGCUCUCCCUACAGACUGGCUUAUAUAUGAUGAAAUGACGAGAGCUCACAAGACAGCAAACAUCAGGUGCUGCUCUGUUGUGACACCUGUCACGGUGGCCCUCUUCUGUGGACCAGCCAGACUGCCAAGUAAUGCCUUGCAGGCAUCUUCAUCCUUUCGAGGGGGAGGGGUAUCUAAUGAUAGCAGCGACAGUGAGAUGGAGGACAAGACAUCUGCUGAUCUGGCACUGCUGAAGCUGGAUGAAUGGCUCCAUCUCAGACUGGACCCUGAAGUAAGUAAGAAAUUACUCCUGGGUUUGCUUCAUGUAGAGGAAUUGUAAAAAGAUGUGAAAAGGUUUUUGUAACAUUUGAGUAGCCAAGAAUUUUCUCCAUGA